CCGCGCGAGGCUGCUGGUUUUUAAAUGUAUUUAUUAUUUUUUUGCGAUAGCUGUGAAGAUUGUAAGUUACGUUAUCGCUACAUUACUUCGCUACGCUUUGCAAAAUGCUCCUCAGCCUCGACCUUAACAUUUGUCUCAGAUCUCAGUAAGCUAUUACUCUGACAUCAAGUCGAUUUGAGAACUGUUCGACCUACAAGUACAGCAUAGUGUUUAAUGUACAGUAAUAUUAGCAUCGCUCAGCGCUAAGCUAUAGAUGCUGAGUUCGAGUCACUUUGGUCGGAACAAGAUGGCGAUUUAACUUUUCUACAUAAAAUUCAACGAUUUUUUUAAAGUCUACAUCUACGUGAACGAAUGAAGAAUGUGCAUCAGUGUGUUUUUUUUUUCUUUUUCCGUUUUUAUUUAGUUUACGAAGACGCACAAAUGGAGCCGGAUGAAAACAACGAGGACGCUGAACUGGCAGCGGCGAUUAUGAAGAGACACUUUCGUCCGUCGCUGAUCAGAACCGAAGCGUGGGAAGGAUACGAGUUCGCAGACAUGGAGAUCAAAAUCACGGAGUCGACGGAUUGUUACGGGGCCGUUCUGUGGCCCUCGGCCAUGGUGCUGUGUCACUUCCUCGACACUCACCAAGAGGAGUAUAACCUGACGGACAAGAACAUCAUCGAGCUGGGCGCCGGAACCGGCCUCGUUACCAUAGUAACCAGCCUCCUGGGUGCAAAGGUGACGUCCACAGACCUGCCGGAUGUUCUGAGUAACCUGAGACACAAUGUACAGCGCAACACCAGAGAGCUCUGCAGACACGAGCCGCUUGUGAGCGAGCUCAGCUGGGGCAAACAGCUGGAGGAGCGAUUCCCGCGGGACACCUGUCACUUCGACUACAUCAUGGCCGCAGAUGUGGUGUAUGCGCAUCCGUACCUGCAGGAGCUGAUGGAGACCUUCAUGCACCUGAGCUCAGACGACACCGUCAUCCUGUGGGCCAUGAGGUUCCGUCUGGAUCCGGAGAACAGCUUCGUGGACACCUUUGAGAAGCACUUUCACCUGGAGGAACUUUACAACCUGCCCAGCCUGCGAAUAAAGCUGUACCGCGCGCAAAAACGACGCGUUUGACCUGAAGGGCCCCUAAUAUAUUAACAGAACUGUAACUGUAAUAUACUGCAGAAAUAGAAACUGGGAGGGUUGAGAUAAGUGAAUUAAUUAACCACAAUUCAUUUUGUGAUUCCAGAAGUUUCAAGAAUGGCUAAAACCUAAAAUAAAAACAACAGUUACUGAUGAGAAAAUUAUAUACGAUUUCCGUUCACAUCAUUGCAUCAGUGUCUCAGCAAUGGAUGCUCUGCAGUGAAUGGGUGCCGUCAGAACGAGAGUCUGAUAAAAACAUCACAAUAAUCCACAGCACUCCAGUCCAUCAGUUAACAUCUGGAGAAGACAAAAGCUGAAACAAAAGAGGUUUUAAACUCAAAUAAGUCCAUAAUCCAUAAUAACUCUUCCUCCAGUGAAAAGUGUUCUGGUCUGAAUCAGGGCAGAAAUCUGCACAGAUCAAGCACUGUUUACAAGCCAAAUAUGGCUGGAUUGUGAUGUGAGAGACAACAGCAGAUGCACUUUUUCACUGCAGGAAGCGUUAUUAUGGAUUAUGGACUCAUAUUUUUUAGUUAAAAAUGUCUUAAUGCUGGAUUAGUUUCAGCUUUUGUCUUCUCCAGAUGUUAACUGAUGGACUGGAGUGCUGUGGAUUAUUGUGAUGUUUUUAUCAGACUCUCGUUCUGACGGCACCCAUUCACUGCAGAGCAUCCAUUGCUGAGACACUGAUGCAGAGACACAUUUCUACAAACCUGAUGAAGAAACACUCAUCCUGAUCUUUUAAUCAGUUUUAAUUUUUUAGUGAACUCUUCCUUUAAGUUUCCAUCAAUAAUAUGUAAUAAUGUAACAAAGAAGCAUCACUGUUGUGACCAGUGGAGAAGCACUGGAUGGUAAAUUUGACCUUUGGUCCAAGAGUGUAGCAGAUUCCCCACAAUCCACUGCAAACUCUCAAACAAACGCAACAUUCAGAAAUCAAAUUUCAUGUUUACUUACAUUUCUGCAGUCCAUGUAAAUGUAUGAUCUUUGUAAGUCAAUCAGUUGUGAGCAGUGAUGUUAUUUUCAUGUGAUCAUGUUUUUCAUUACAUUCACUCUCUUAAGUUUUGAAGACUUUUUGAUACAGAAAUUUUACUUUUACAACAUGAGCAUUUUCAGUACUUGGAAAUAAACAUGAAUCGUUCUGAUGAAAAUACCGAGUCAGGU